AUGCUCACGGCUCUUUUGAUUCCUUACAUCUUCUUUAGUCUUCCUUCUGUCAUCUUUAGCCUUUUCAGAGGACAAGUUGGUCAAUGGAUUGCGAUUGUAGCUGUUGUUGUACAACUCUUCUUCCCUAAACACUUCCGAGAAUGGUUUGAGUUACCGGCGGCUGCGAUUCUACUCAUUGAGGUGCCUCCGAAUCUAAUAGCCUACACAUUCAGAGACAACUGGGUUGGCUUAUUUAUAUGCUUAGGGAUUGGAUGUUACUUGCUUCAAGAACAUAUUAGAGCUUCUGGUGGGUUCAGAAACGCAUUCACUAAAGCUAAUGGCAUCUCCAACACCCUUGGGAUCAUUGCUCUUGUUGUCUUCCCCAUCUGGGCUAUCAUCUUUUAA